AGAUUCCGAGCUUUUCAAGGUAAUUUGUCUCGUCACAAAGAGAUCCUUUUAAAAGUCUUGUGGCUUAUGUCAACCUUACCAAACUGAAAUGGCCUCUGUGAACGAUGUGGUUCUCACGGUGACCUUUUCACUGCUAUCCCUAACCGAUUUUGUUGGAAACGUAUUGGUUUGCCUAAUAAUUCUUCAGCGAAAGCGAUUCAGGUUUCGUCGUUGGACUCUCGACUAUCUUUUCUUAAAUCUGGCGUUGGCCGACAUUACGGUGGCAGUGUUUGCAAUUCCGCGAUAUGUGCUAAACCACGCUUUCGCACAUCCUCUUGGCUCUGUUGGCGACUUCUUGUGCCGUUUUGUCACGGGAGGAAAUCUUAUGUGGACCGGAGGGGCAGCAUCUGUCUUCACACUUGUCACCAUCGCCUUCGAACGGCGCCAUGCUUCCCGGCCUUACCAGGUCGGUCAAAAGUUGUCCAAGCCGAAACUGCGAGUUUUGGUGUUAUCCUCGUGGAUUUCCGCUUGCUUGCUCAAUCUUCCUCUGUUUUUUAUCAUGUCUUAUGACAGCCGAAGCAACUUCUGCAUAGAAAACUGGCCACAUCCUCUACUUCCUAAAGUAUACGGAAUAAUUUGGUUUUCUGUAGUCGGAGCAAUACCAAUUAUCAUUAUGGUAGUUUUAUAUUCUAAAGUGGCUUAUCACCUGUGGGUAAAAAGGUCAGUAGCAAGGCUUCAUCGCACAGCUCUUUUAAUUCCAAAAAAAGCUACUAAAAUGGCUAUUACAUUAACAGUUAUUUAUUCAAUCUGUUGGUUGCCGAAUCUGAUUCUCUACAUCCUGGUAUUUAACAUUUCUGAUACCUUUUACGGAUCGCCGCUGUACGGAUGGACUGUGGUACUGACCUGUUUGAACUCUGCAGUCAAUCCCUUUGUGUACACUCUUCAAAGUCGACGCUUCAGAGCCUCUGCCAAACAAGCUUUGUUGUGCAAGUAAAGAAUGAGUUUGGUUUUGCCUACGUGGAGACACUGGCAAUAACUGAGAAUAACAGAGGAAUUGAGGCAGACAAACACUACGGAAUUGUUAUACGCGACUGAGCCGUAGCUGAUGUUGGGAAUUCCAUAGUGCGAAAUGAAAUAACACAACAACUGGAGUGCAGAAAAAAGCAUAAAGCACUGUUACAGUAAGGAUCAUUUUGGUGAUCUUCUUUCUCGCUCGCAGCAGAGCAAGUCCCGAUAGCUCUCAAACGGUUGGUGUACCAGAAAACCACAGUGGACAAUACAGAUAACGGUAAACCCAUAUGGAAUCAGCGAGUCAAGCACGAAAAGCCAUGCUUCCAUAAAAGUCAAUAACUACGUCGUAUUUCAUAACGAAGGUGUACCACCCUUUAAAGUUGCAAAAGCCCAACUUUCCACGACCAGUAUUUCAACAUUUUGAACAUUGAAUAUAUUACGAAGUUAAGGGUAGGAGUAACACCGCUCUCGCUUCUCCAGCCUGUCAAUUCUUCGUAUCGAUUCCAUUUGUUUCUCCUAGCAGGGGUCUAUUUGGAGACAAACAAAUUUAAUCAUUUACAUAUAUAUUGCUGCGCUCUGUAAAAUCCGAUGAAAACUUGUUUCAACAACCUACUAGUUAUGCAGCGCUUUGGAGUGGUAUACACGCUCGCCUUUCAUUAAAUAGGCUGAGAUCUCUGUGAAAGUCAAUUGUUUAAUUUCGUGUAAAAUUCGUCUUCAUACCUUUUAAGGUUUUAAAAUAAUGUCUUCAUUUAUGCUCCGAAAAAAGAUUAGCUGACCAGUUACAAAUGGUUCUAAGCUAUGGAUGUUGAAAUUUAACCGAUAGUGACUUAAGGCAACUGAAGGCGAGCAGGCCUUUUUCAGGAGACACGGCUCUGCGGUAUUUCACAGUCAAACAGCCUUUUUACAAUAACUCAUUUCUCGUGCGCUGAUUGGCAUUUUUAUCAUCAAUAAGAGUACAGACGGAUA